ACAACUUUUAUUAUUUCUUAUUAUUUAAAUUGUGCUUUCAGAAAAUAUCUCCAAUGGAGAGUUAAACCGAACUAUUAUCCGAGAAAAAACGGAUAAAAAUGGUUUUCUGUGAUGGCCCAAUGUUUACAUGGAAAAGAUGGCGAAGAUAGAACGAUCAUUGAAGGAUGGAAAGAUAAGUUGCACCCUGCAGUUGCUAUGUAUGGACCAUGUAAUAUAAAAAGCACUUUGACGCCUGGUCAGGUAAAACUAUGGUGUGCAUGUGGUCUUAGCAAGAAACAGCCAUGGUGUGAUGGCUCUCACAAUGGAACUGGGAUAUCACCAUUAAAGUGGACAGUACCGUCUAAGUCACAGGCUUUAUAUCAACUUUGUGCAUGCAAGUAUACAAAAUCUCCUCCAUAUUGUGAUGCUUCUCACGUUUACUUACCACUAGAGGUUAUAAAAAGACAGAAAGAGUGUGGAAAAAAUCAUGCUGAGAUCACAAAAUUGUGCACAAGCUGUGGUAAGGUUCCAGAGUGGUGAAAUAUAAAGAAAACAAUUUAGUAAAAACUUAUGAAAGUGGAGAAGAAUUGAAAAUUUGUUGAACUUGAAUGCAAUUUUUCAGUGUACAUUAGAUCAAAUGUGAAUUGCACGAAUUUGGUUUGUGAUGGAAGAUUAUGCUAUAUUUCCAAAAAAAGUCUUUAAAUCGAAUUGUACGUUCUUUUCUAUUUAUUUUGUACAUAUUUAUAUGCGUUACUAUACUAUUAAAGCAGAAACUGCUUAAUGCACACAUUUCAUUAAUAAAAAAUAAAUAAAAACCUUGCA